AUGGCAUGGAAAUUUCGUGGAAAUGCUGAAUUCGAUUUAAACGCUGGCCGUAAUGCAUUCCGGUCAGAUGCAACAAUUCCUGAUGAUUGGGAGAGUGCUGACAAUGAAACAAUGAUACGUCGUAACUCAGCGAUUUUAUCAUUUACGGAAUCGGUUGAUGCAGAUUUUCCACCAGCUCCGGAAUUACCACCAUCAUUAAAUAUUGAUUUAUGUUAUCCAGACGAAACAAUGAAAAGAAGUGAAACUGCUGAGACAAUUAUUGAGAGGAAACCUAAACAAACGUUACAAGAAAUAGUUAGUGGUACUCAAAAAUAUCCUAUGAUGGUACUUGGUCCAGGUCAUGUUGAUGAAGAACAAGAACUUCAUGCUAGUCUGUUACAUCAGGAUGAUGAAGGCUCCGAGAGUGAUGUUGAAAUUAGUAGCUUUGAAGGGAAACAAUCUUCAAAUAUAACUACUGAAAAAGAGCAGCAAAAAAGACGAGAACGUAAUGAAGCAUUACGUCGUGAAUAUUCGAUAUCGACAUUGGAACGACCACGACCAAUUACACCAACAUCAUGGUGUGUUAUUGAGAAUUACGUAGAAGGUUCCACUGAAGGUAAUGAUGAACCACCACCAAUUGCAACAAAAAAGCAGAAGAUCCAUGUCAGCAUACCCAAUCAUAGUAUACCACAAACACCAAAACGUCGUCGAUCAUCCAUGUCGUGGUCUGAUUUUUAUGAAGCUAUGUCAAUGCAGGCAUCAUCUCAAGCUCGAAGAUCAAUAUCUGGUCGUACUACACCACUACAUGAUUAUGAUGGUGAUAUAUUGGAGGAAGAUCCAAGAUAUCGAAAUGUUGCACCACCAAAACCAGUCAUUCAUCGUCGUUCUUCUACCGAAUGGGAAAAUUUCAUGGAUAAUGGUAAUAAUUUUAAUCAAUAA